AUUUUGAUAUUAUUUGUAUCCGUAUCCAUGGGCAGGUCUUGUCUUUACUCGAAAUUAGUUUAUGAAAGGUGGUACCUAUUACCUUUAUGUUUUUAUUUAUCAAUACAUUGAUUUGUGUUUUAUUCAUUUUUACUCAUAAUUUUACUUUUCAAAAAUUUCUUACCUUAUACUUCCCAAUUUAUUUAGAAUAUAAAAAACAAAAUUCCAAAUGAUUUCUAGAAUUGGAUGGUUCAAUCUUAGGUCUAAAUUUAAUUUUAUACCGCUCCUUGGUCAUUCAUUAAGAACUCAAGCGACGGCAGGGGCUACUCCAGCUACCAAGUCUGAACCUCCUAGACCAACUCCUGUAACAACUUCAGAAGUAAAGCCGCCAUUGAAUAUGAAAACACAAGACUCGGUUACUUGGAAUAUAAAGGGGAAUGGCAUUGCUGUUGUAAAGAUUGAUUGUCCAGGCGAAAAGGUGAAUUCUUUGAAUGAAGCUGUCUCAAAAGAUCUAACAGCUGCUUUCAAUGCCAUAGAGCAAAAUCCGUCUGUUCGUGGCGUUGUUCUAAUUUCUGGCAAACCAAAUGUAAUUUUUGUGAUUUCGAUAAUUUUAUACUUAAUUUUACAGAAUUUUAUCGCCGGUGCAGACAUUCGAAUGUUAGAGAAAUGUAAAUCGGUUUCAGAAGCUGCGAAGAUUUCAAGCGAUGCUAAAGUCCAAUUUGACAAAUUAGAAAAUAGCAAAAAGCCGAUUGUUGCUGCCAUUAUGGGUCCUUGUAUGGGUGGAGGUCUUGAAUUAGCAAUGGCUUGUCAUUAUCGAAUAGCUGUGGACUCGCCAAAAACUCAAUUGGCAUUGCCUGAAGUUAUGUUGGGUCUAUUGCCAGGCGCUGGGGGUACACAACGUCUUCCCAAGCUUGUUGACAUCCAAACAGCUUUGCAAAUGAUGCUCACAGGCAAAGUUCUUCGUCCAAAUAAAGCCAAAAAACUUGGUUUAGUCGACCAUUUGGUCCAGCCAAUUGGACCUGGCCUUACCGAUCCGUUAACUGGAACUCAUCGUUAUUUGGAAGAGGUUGCCAUCCAAACAUGUGAACAACUAGCUGAUGGUUCUCUUAAAGUUACUAAAAGCAAGCCUUUUGCUCAACAGUUGACAAAUCUUUUACUUACAAGUCGUCCACUUAUCGAUGCUUUACUAGUUCGAAAGGCCAAAGAAACGGUGAUGAAGCAAACGCAUGGGAAUUACCCUGCGCCUUUGAAGAUUUUGGAUGUUGUUCGAAAUGGGUUGAUUGAUGGGCCACAAGUUGGUUAUGAACAGGAGACUCAGGCGUUUGGCGAACUUUCACAAACCAAACAAUCGGCAGCUUUAGUUGGUCUCUAUUGGGGUCGAACUGAAUGCCAAAAAGACAAAUAUGGAGAUGCAAAGAAAUGCGAACGGUUGGGAGUGAUUGGAGCUGGUCUCAUGGGUGCCGGAAUUGCAAAUGUUAGCAUUGACCAGGGAAUUGAAACGGUUCUUAUAGAUACAAAUCAAGGAGCUUUAGAUCGAGGCCUCAAACAAAUUACUACACAGAUGGAAGGUCAACUUAAAAAGAAAAAGUUUACUUCAGCUGAACAUACACGUUAUUUGUCGUCACUGAAACCUGUUUUGAAUGAUUAUAGCCAUCUUAAAAAUUCCGAUGUCGUUAUUGAAGCUGUUUUUGAGGAUCUUGGAUUAAAACAUAAAAUUAUUCAGAAGGAAAAUGUCCCAGAGCAUUGUGUUAUUGCUACAAAUACUUCGGCUCUUCCUAUAAAGGAUAUUGCUUCUGCUAGCAAGCGACCUGAAAGAAUCAUUGGCAUGCACUAUUUUUCGCCCGUUGACAAAAUGCAGCUUUUGGAAAUAAUUACUUCAGAAAAGACAUCUAAAGAAACUUUGGCGGUCGCGGCAAAACUGGGACUUGCUCAGAAAAAGUUGAUUGUCGUUGUUAAGGAUUGCCCCGGCUUUUUCGUUGUUCGUUGUAUAAGUCCAAUGUUGAGUGAAGUUAUGCGUCUUCUUCAGGAAGGUUUAACUCCAACAGAGGCUGACAAAAUUACCAAUCAAUUUGGAUUUCCUGUUGGGAUGGCUACUUUAGCUGAUGAAGUAGGCCUUGAUGUUGGUGAUCACGUUGCUUCAUUUUUAAGUAAAGCACUCGGACCUCGUGUCCAAGGAGGAUCUUCACAAAUGUUACAAGAUAUGGUCUAAGCUGGAUUUAAAGGCAAAAAGAGUGGAGCCGGUAUUUAUGACUAUAAUCCCCAAUCAACUAAUCCACUUGUAAAAUUUGGAAUUGGGAAAGCACCAAAGAAAGUAGUAAAUGAAAAGGCAGUUGAAAUACUUAAACGUUAUUCUUUAACUCCGCCAACCGGUGCCUCUUCUGUUGAAGAUCAACAAUUACGUGUUGUUUGUCGUUUUGUGAAUGAAGCAAUAAUUUGUCUUGAAGAGGGAAUAAUUUCGGCACCGGUUAAUUUUUUUAAUGGGCUCGCACCUUUUCUCUAUUUUCCUUUUACACAAAUACUCCCAAACACCGAAACUUUGACUGGUCAUAACUUGGCCUGAAGUAAUUCUGCAAUAAACGGACAUCACUUCGCAAUAGGAACUCGAGGGUCCUCUAUCGAAUGGUACCAAAAAUAUUCUAAAUUCGCAUUCACAGUA